AUGGAUCGCAACCAGCGCGUCGCCAACAGCCGCCCGGCCCGCCCUGGCCUCCUUCUGGUCCUGAUGGCCCUGGUGGCAUUUGCGCUGGUCAUUACGCCCCUCCCUGCACGUGCCGAGAACGUCCCCCGCUACGACAUGUCCGCCGCCCUCGGAUCCCGGGGGGGUUUCGGAGGCAUGAGGGGCGGCUCAGCUGGAGGCGCAGGCUCUAGCCCCUUCCUCGGAGGCAUGAUGCGCAGCGGCAUGGGUGGCGGCGGCAUGGGUGGCGGCGCCGCUGCCACGGCCCUGCGAGGUGCUUUCUCAGACCAGGUUCAGGUUCACGACGUCUGCAACGCCCCGUCCUCGCCAGAAGAUGUCGCUGCGGAGUGA